GAGAACUCUUGCUUCCGGGUUUGUCGCUAGGCUGGCAAGAAGUCCCAGGCGCAGUUUCAGGCGCCUCAGUCCCUCUGGGGUGGGGGAGGCGAUGAAGAGAGUCACCCUGUUUGUUAAUGGCAGCCCCAGGAAUGGAAAGGUUGUGGCGGUUUAUGGGACACUGUCUGAUUUGCUGUCUGUAGCCAGUAAUAAGCUUGGAAUAAAAGCAACCAGCGUGUACAAUGGGAGAGGUGGGCUCAUUGAUGACAUUGCUUUGAUAAGGGAUGAUGAUGUCCUCUUUGUAUGUGAAGGGGAACCGUUCAUUGAUCCCCAGAAUGAUGUAAACCCUCCUGAAGCAUUAAGUGGCUCUCACUCAGACUGGAUAACUCUCAACGUUGGUGGGCGGUACUUCACAACUACCCGGACUACGUUAGUUAGUAAAGAACCUGAUAGCAUGCUGGCUCGCAUGUUUAAAGAUAAAGAUGCCUGGGGGAAUAAGCGAGAUCACCAGGGAGCCUUCCUAGUUGACCGUAGUCCUGAGUACUUUGAACCAAUUUUGAACUUUUUGCGUCAUGGACAGCUUAUUGUAAAUGAAGGCAUUAAUUUACUAGGAGUCUUAGAAGAAGCCAGGUUUUUUGGGGUUGACUCACUGAUUGAACAUCUAGAAGCAGCUAUUAAGAAUUCACAACCAGCUGAAGAUCAUUCGCCAAUCUCCCGAAAGGAAUUUGUUAGGUUCCUACUUGCGACUUCAACCAAAUCUGAGCUACGCUGUCAGGGUUUAAAUUUCAGCGGGGCAGAUCUCUCUCGUUUAGAUCUCCGAUAUAUCAACUUCAAGAUGGCCAACUUGAGCCGAUGCAACCUGGCCCAUGCCAACCUGUGCUGUGCAAACCUUGAGCGAGCAGAUCUCUCUGGAUCAGUUCUAGAUUGUGCCAACCUCCAAGGAGUAAAGAUGCUUUGUUCUAACGCAGAAGGAGCAUCCCUGAAAGGCUGCAAUUUUGAGGACCCCUCUGGCCUUAAAGCAAACCUAGAAGGUGCUAACUUGAAAGGAGUUGAUAUGGAAGGUAGUCAGAUGACUGGAAUAAAUCUGAGAGUUGCAACUUUGAAAAAUGCAAAGCUAAAGAACUGCAACCUGAGAGGAGCAACUCUUGCAGGAACUGACUUGGAGAAUUGUGACCUGUCGGGCUGUGAUCUGCAAGAAGCCAACCUGAGAGGGUCAAACGUGAAAGGGGCCAUCUUCGAAGAGAUGUUGACGCCGCUACACAUGUCUCAGAGUGUCAGAUAGGCUGUCCAGAAGAAUGGGAGCUUCUUGCUGCAGAUCACCUUCGUUCCACCUUUUAUCCUUAAUAACGUGGGAGCAACAAUUCUUCCAUGGCUUUGAGUGUGAACUGCCUCAGAUCACACGCACGUGGGAAUGUCCCUUUCAUAGGCGUAGAAGUAGCUGUUGAACCAAACCAGGAAAGUUGGUGGGCUUUGGAAGCAGAGAUGUUGCUGUUUGCUCUGAAUACGUUGGCACUUGUGCACCACCUCACUCACUCCAGAAUGCAUUUUAAGAGAUUUGUUAAUUUAUUAAAGCACAAUAUAUGCAAUUUAUAUUUAUUAAAUGUCUAGUACACAGGGAAGACUCCAGGGAAGACCCAGUACACUCCAGGGAAGGUGCAAGUAAACCCCAGACAACCAAUGUUGGAUUUUCUCUGUAACAUUGCUUUAUUGAUUAACAAACAUGACAAGACAGGGACCAUGCACUCAAUCAUACUCAUCACUCUACACGGGAUUGAUCAGACCCAGUAAGAGCCACGGGUGGCAAACGACAGCUGUCAGUGCACACAACUGAGGCAGGAGGGCUUUGCAAUUUAUACACCUUGUUUGUUCAUCUGAUGCCUGGCAACUCCUGAUGCUUACACAACUCCUUGUUGUUGCCAUGUUUUCGGCAUCUCUCAUCCUUGUCCUUGGCAUCAUCUCACAACUCUUAUCUUAUCUGAAUGUUUUGUAAAGCUGUGCAGCCCAAUACCAAGCCUCCUUCUGCUGUUCCAUUCCAGCACACACUGUUUUUGCCAAAACAUCAAGAUGUUUUCCACAUUCCGUUAGUGCUUAUACGACACAGUUUAUGAUCAGUUCACUGACAGUUAAAAGACAUUGCAUCCAUUUUGUGGUGUUCUUCAGCCUUUCAGACCCACGCAAACUAUACCAUUCGCUACACUUUCAAAGUCAUCUAUGUAGAACAAGAAUGGCUGCUAAUUAGUCUCUACAUGUAACAUAGGCUUCACUCCUGUGAGCUCAGAUUAAUUUAUUCAGUGUUUCAAAAUAACGAAUGACAGAGGGCCAUCUUGCCCCCAUCCCUUAACUGGGAGUGGUGGGUGUAGCAAGAACUCCCUUUCAUGGUGCAGACUCAUCAAUCACAUUUGGAACCAGCAGCAGGUGAGAGAAGUUGUGUGCUCUGGUCUGAACAUCCCCUGCUGCUUAUUAUAGCACACUUUGAAAUUGGAUACACUCAGGGUAGAGGCUUUCAGCCCCAGAUCCCAGAGGUUUAUCCAUUAGGAACCUAGGAACCUGUCAAUAAUAUGGCAGAUCCAUUAGUCCAUCUAUCUCUGUAAUGUCUGCAUAUGUCAUAUAUGAUACAAGGUGUGGGAAAGAUGGGUGUGGUUUGGAGAAACCUGCGGUUCAAAUUGGGACCAUGCUGGGCUGAAUUUUGACCACAGGCCCAGCUGCUCCCCAGAGCUUCAUACAGGAGAUUGAACCUGAUACCUUUUGUAGGCAAACCAUGUGCUCUGUCACUAGGCUAUUACAAAUGUAACUGCUUCAAAUGUUAUGGAAGAAAGAUCAUUGCAUAGUUUGUAAGUUGCAGCUGGCUGGGUGUGUCUUGAAACCUGUAACAGGCCAGUACGGUUGCAGACUUCUGCCACUGUGACGAAUGUAUCUCAUUUCUGUCUGGUCCAUUUUACCUCCUUUCCUGUUAGUUUUUUCCAUGCCAAAUAGAAAGUUGGAUGAGGAAGCUAAACUGCCUAAUCCAAACUUCUGCUGUUGCUCAGAAGUCUCUUAGCAGGGGGUGAUCAGAAAUAGUACAGCCUAAAAUACCUCUUGCCAAAGAUGCUGCAGAAAAGAGGUCCAAGAAUUUGGACAGCGAAAAAGCUUUCUCUGGGCAAACAAUGGGAAAAAACUACAAGGAAGUCUAAUUACACUCCGUACAACAAGUAGAACCUUGGGAUCAGAGUUGCUCCCAGUUGCUCUUUCCCUGUUGUCCAUUUCCCAGGAACUUUUCAGUGCGUCUACAUCAAGAGAUAGAAACAACAAUAGGAAUGCUCCACUGGCGCAACAAGGUUAUUUUUUAUUUUGUAAUGCAGGAAUGGUGAGACUCGCAACUUCCAUCAGCCCCAGCCUGCAUGGCCAGGAGUGAUGGGACUUGGGGUCCAGCAAAAUCUGGAAGUGAAAGGUUCCUCAUCCCUGAUUUGAUAAAAUGUAGGCGCGUAAUUAGAUUUACAAUUAUGUGCUGCCCCCAGCAGCAACUGAAGUGAGGCCCGCAGGGUCGCCUUUUCUUCACUAUUGCUCCUAGAGGAGGGGUAGUCAUUGCACUGCUCUCCAGAUCUAUUGGACUAAAACUCUCAUCAUCCCUGACCAAUGUCCAUGCUGGCUAAUGGGACUUGAAAUCUGCAACAGCUGGAGGCCAACAGGUUGGCUUCCGAUGUGCUGCAGUUACAUGUUCUGGCUGUAACCUAUGCAACUAUCCAGCUCAUUUAUGAAAGUGGGGAGCUAAGGCAUCUUCCUUUGAUGGUGACCAAAAUAGCUCUGGUUAAACCAGCAUGGCAAAUUUUGCAGAGCCCUUUCUCCUUCCUCAUUGAGCUACAUGGGCUGCUGGAAGUUGUGGUCCAAAAUACCUGGAGGACAGCAGGUCAGCAGUGUGUCUUGUACCAAGAAGGACAUCAUGGACUGUAGGCAGCAUGAGUACUGAGCAGUUAAUCAUAGAAUCGUAGAGUUGGAAGAGAUCACAAGGGCCAUCCAGUCAAGCCUCUGCUUAAAGACCUCCAAAGAAGGGAAUCCACCACACUCCUUGGCAGCAAAUUCCACUGUCAAACAGCUCCUACUGUCAGGAAGAUCUUCCUGAUGUUUAGGUGGAAUCUUCUUUCUUGUAGCUUGAAUCCAUUGCUCUGUGUCCGCUUCUCUGGAGCAGCAGAAAACAACCUUUCUCCCUCCUCUAUAUGACAUCCUUUUAUAUAUUUGAACAUGGCUAUCAUAUCACCCCUUAACCAUCUCUUCUCCAGGCUAAACAUACCCAGCUCCCUAAGCUGUUCCUCAUAAGGCAUCGUUUCCAGGCCUUUGACCAUUUUCGUUGCCCUCCUCUGGACACGUUCCAGCUUGUCAGUAUCCUUCUGGAACUGGGGUGCCCAGAACUGGACACAGUACUCCAGAUGAGGUCUGACCAGAGCAGAAUACAGUGGUACUAUUACUUCCCUUGAUCUAGUUGCUAUACUCCUAUUGAUGCAGCCCAGAAUUGCAUUGGCUUUUUGAGCUGCUACAUCACACUGUUUACUCAUGUCAAGUUUGUGGUCUACCAAGACUCCUAGAUCCUUUUCACAUGUAUUGCUCUCAAGCCAGGUGUCUCCCAUCCUGUAUUUGUGCCUUUCAUUUUUUUUGCCCAAGUGUAGUACUUUACAUUUCUCCCUGUUAAAAUUCAUCUUGUUUGCUUUGGCCCAGUUCUCUAAUCUGUUAAGGUCAUUUUGAAGUGUGAUCCUGUCCUCUGGGGUAUUAGCCACCCCCAAUUUGGUGUCAUCUGCUGCAAACUUGACCAGGAUGCCCUCAAGCCCAUCAUCCAAGUGGGAUGGUGGGAUCCAAGACUGGGCCCAAGACAGAACCCUGUGGCACCCCACUAGUCACUGCUCUCCAGGAUGAAGAGGAGCCAUUGAUGAGCACCCUUUCGGUUCGGUCAGUCAGCCAGUUACAAAUCCAUUGAAUGGUAGCAUUGUCUAGCCCGCAUUUUACUAGCUUCUUUACAAGAAUAUCAUGGGGCACCUUGUCAAAGGCCUUGCUGAAAUCAAGAUAUGCUACAUCCACAGCGUUCCCUUCAUCUACCAGGCUUGUGACUCUUGUCAAAAAAUGAGAUCAGAUUAGUUCUUCCCACCAACACAACUUUAUCCCAAUGAGACUUUGUUCCACUCUAAUGACAAUGCAAAAGCUUUUUCUCUGUAUGUCUUUGUGUUUUCUGUACCUACAAUUAGUACAGGCACAUGUAGAAACUUUCAAUACCAAAUAAAAGCUGGGUGCCAGCAAAAAUGGAUACCUCAGAUGCUGACUUCUAUGCAACUCAAAAGACAGAAAUCAAAGGGGUGGGUGCUGCCCAAAGGAGGUAGUGAUCAACAACAUGCAUCUCCCCUCCUCAGUGAGACUAAACAACUGUACAGACUAGUGUUUGUAUAAUGAAGACGGCACGGUAGGAAGCCAACUUUACACAGGCUCAUUCAUUCCCUGUGGGAAUGCUGCUGUCCACCAUAUACUCCAAAUGCUCACUUAUAUUCCUAUAUGCAUGCUUCUUCACAAGUGAAAAUGUCAUAUGCUGUUUUCUGACAUGGUGACUGUCCCAGUACGAAAUAGCAUGUCUGCAACACCUGCAAUGAAUUUCAAGUUAAUGUACCCACCCAAGCAAACAGACUCCAGGUGAGCUCUGUUUUUAAUGGUUGAACUGGUUUCAUAGAUGAGGGUUUGAAGUUUCUCUUUAAUGUGAUAACUUGAAGUUCAUGCUGUAAGUGUAAUGAAACUUUUGGCCUUCAUUUUUGAAAUUCAUUUCCUGCUGUUCACAAAUAAAGUGCAACCACUCUUUUCUGUUUCACACAGUCGCAGUUUCAACUUCAGUAGAUUAUUUGCUUUUCCUCAUUUCCACUCUUACCGGUAACCAGGGAAAUUGGGACCUUCAGUCACCUGGCUGAGGUAUGAUAGGUAGAGUGCAAGUACAUUGAUGUGGGGUUGAGGUACCAUGAAAUUCUACUGCAGGAACAUGAAGCAAUAUUCUUCUGUACUGAUCUGGAUUCUAAAUCUAAGAACAGGAGUGGGGAACGCGGGCCUUGCCCAGAUGUUGCUAUGCAUCAGUUCCCAUCAUCCCUGGCCUUGUUGACGGGCUGAUGGGAGUUAGUGCCCAUCAACAUCUGGAGACACAAAAAUGAUUGAGAAUAUUGAAGAACACCAUGGGUGAUUUCAACCAAGUGCUGGAGCAGAACUACUUCAAUGGAAAGUGAUGCUUCUUUCAGGGUGCCAAGCCAAGGACUUCCACAUGGUCUUUCAGGUCUGAAGAAAUCAGUUUAGCUUCUUCCCUCCCACCUUGUGUCUUAACAUCUUUGUAUCAGACAGUAGUAGUAGUAGUUAUUAUUAUUUAUACCCCCACCCAUCUGGCUGGGUUUCCCCAGCCACUUUGGGUGGCUUCCAACAGAAUAUUAAAAUAUAAUAGUAUAUUAAACAUUAAAAGCUUC